AGCAUAUUAUCGUAAUCUCUUUCAUCGCAACCAAUAUCAACCAAGACUAACAAGUAACCCUGGGCAAACGACAGCUACUUCAUCUUCAAGUCAUCAGCUACCUGAAAUUCGUUUUUUGGCCGCAGUUUUGCCUACGUCGAGAGCUGCAACUUUUACUUCUUCAGUUGUGGCUGUGACCUCUGUUGCUGCUUCUUCUGUCGCGGCUGUGAGAUCUGUUGCUGCUUCUUCCGAUAUUCCUGGGGGUGAUAAGGCUGACUCAACAAAUAACCUACCAGAACAAAUAACUGAAACAACAAGUAACCAGCCAUUACUAGUUAACGACGUAGGGUUAGAGAAUCGAGAAGCAAGUGACGAGGAUGAAUUAAGUGAUUCAACAUGGUUGCCGGUUGAAUUCUCAGAACCAAGCACCGAAGAAAGCACCGAAGAAAGUUCUGAAGAGAGUUCAGACGAAC